UUUACUGAUGGAUUUACGAGACGGUUUAUGAGUUAUAAAAUAACGGAAAGAAAAGCGUAACGUCUAGAGUCGACUAACCAAGACAAAUACACACUAGCGUGCGAAGUGUUUGUAUGAAAAGCAUAGUUCCAGAGGGAGAUUAAACAAGAAGUAAAGAUAUAUGAAGAUUUAAAUAAAAAUCUCCAUACACCUUAAAAACUUUAGAAACUCAAAAAUUGGAUAUUUUCUUAACUGCCAUCAGCAAUCAUUAUCCAUGCCAUAAGAGUUCAUGGAUUGAAAAACACCAUCAACGUCACGCAUGACUAAUUUCCCCUCCAUCGAAUGUCAAUGGGAUUUAUUUUUGCACCGGUAAUAUUGCAAAACGAUCUAUAAGAGUGGCAAAAAAAGAGAGAAAGAAGGGGAAAAAACAAAACAACGAAAACAAGUGCAUUUAAUAACACACCUGUGUGCUGUAAGCUGUGGACUUGAACUGCAGCAUUCUUGUGCGCAUGCGUAUCGAAAACACCAUGUGGUGCAACGGCGCAUAAUCAUAGCUUAUGGUUUAAAACAGUCUAUGACAGGCCAUACUUAGAUGGAAUGCAAUAGGAUUUAAAGCAACACAACAUAAACUUGUUUUUAAGAAGAAAAAAAAAACAUACAAAAUAAAUAAUAAAAAAAGAAAACUUAACAACGACCUUGCUGCGGAGAUUUGUAAUAAAAAAAAGUUAUAACAAAAACAUCCAUCCUCCUAGUUAAAUGCCUCACUGCAUCUUCAAGCAACUUUACAUUUUUAUGCAAUAACUAAUUAAAGCUAAUGCCUAAGUUUUAAUAAAUGUUGUGAAACCAAAAACCAUCAUAAUCAUCAUCAACUGCAAAAAAAUCAGUGUUUUUUAAGAUAAAAUUUAAACCUUCAACAUAUUCGUCAAAACUUAUAUAAGAAUAUUAUUGUGCCAGUUGAAGAAAAGCAUUCAAAAAUUGUCCGUUGUUUUGAGCGACUGACAGCUUGCACCGGCUAAUUGGAUUACUUUCGCUUAGCAGAUUAAAUAACAAGCCAAGCAGCGGAAAAAGCUCAUCUUCAGCCGGACAUUAUCAUCAUCAUCAUCAUCUGAGCCACCAUAGUCAACAUAAACACAUUCCAGCUAACAAGAUGCUCAAACACGUUCAAAUUUCACCCCUACGCAAUCGUUCGGAUUCGGUCUCAUUGCGUUCAAGUACAUCAUGUGCCUCAUCCAUGUGUGGCAGUCCCGAACCACCCACAGACUUACAGCGUACGCCUUCAAGGGCCUCCAGCUUUUCCAGUCUGAAUGAACAAUUACCUCAGACUACUAUCAAAGUUUUCACCAGUUGUUUGAAAAUUGAUAUUGAGUACAAAACUCUGGGUAUACAAUGGGAUACAACGAGCAAAGAGGUUAUUGCACAAUUAUUAAGACGCCUUAAAAUGCGUCACCGUGAUCCUCGCCUCUUCUAUCUGUCCAUGGAAGUCUCAGUGCGUCGGGCAGGCGUUAAGACUGUCAUGGUACUUGAUGAGGAUACCAGACCAGCAAUUCUGCAAGCCUGUCAUCCCAAAGGUGAAUCACGUUUCUGUUUGCAGCUAAAGCCAGGCGGUCUAAUACGAGUACAUACCUCAGCUCUUCUACCCUCUUCGCAAUAUAAAUCAUUGGUCAUCUCGGAAGAGACAACCUCGGAUGAGUUAUUGCAAUUGUUGUUGUCAUGUUAUAAUUCCAUGGAACCAGUAGAACAAUUUUCAAUAUAUGAGGUCUGUCCCGGUCAGGAGUAUCAACGCAAACUCCAUCCUGAUGAUAUACCUUUGAGAGCACAAAAUGAACGCUGCAAACGUGGAGAGACUUGUCAUUUCUUGGUUAGACGUAAUCCCAACUAUGCCCGUCGCCGCCAGAUACUCAAUGCCUUGGAUGAGGUGGAACAAGCCUAUGCUUCAAAUGCCUCUGCUAAUGGUGUCAAUAUCUGCCCCAACAAAUCUUAUGAUGGUGAUUGUAGCAUGUCAUCUUUGGAUGACAGCACCAGCCUUUUGGAUAUCUCCAUAGAAACCCUAUCGGAUGAUCUGCAAAGCCUAAUGACCAGCGAUGAGGAUGAUGAAUGUGCUUCCUCAACUUCGGGCUCUUCGGAUACAUCCUCCGAGGGCUCCUCCAGCAUACGGCGAACACCUUCCACCCUAACCGUCAUACCCAAAUCUGCCCAAUUAUGCACUCAAUGUCAUAAUAGUUACAAAUCCUGCGAUUUUUGCCACAAAAAUCAACCUCAUGCCAUGUUAACCCGCAGCCCCUCAAGUGUAUCCACAACCAAAGCAGGCCAAUCUCUGCCCACCAGCUAUAGUCCGGUGUAUAAUAUACGUGAAAUUAGAACUGCCACCCACUCGUUUUCUUCAUUGGGUAAUGAUAAGAAAUUAUUAGACAUUGAAAUGAAUGGACGUUUUGAGCCUUCGACUUGCCGUCCCCGACCACAAUCAGUGUAUGUGGGUAGAACAGUGCCGCGUAUAAUUAUGGAUGCCACUAGCCCCACAGAAACCACAUCGGCAGCGGCGUUAUUGCAACAACAGCAGGACGUAAAUGGUAAUCAUACCGGUGGUAGCAUGUCAUUGACCACAACAUUGGGCGGCGAAGAGGUCAAUAAUAAUCCGGCCAAAGGCUUGGGUCAUUUUGUGUAUAUUUAAGCGAGCAACCAAAAGGGCAGCAAGAACAAAGAACCUUAUUGUAAACAUAUUUGUUUGUUUUCUUUUUUAAGUGUAUUUGUCUUAAGUUGUUAGGAAUAAUUUUGUAGAAACUGUAGGGAUUUUGUAUACAGAAAUUAACCAAAAAAACUAUAAAUUUGAUAUUCAAGUAACAUGUCAAAGGCCAACUUAAAACUUUUUGCUUUAAAAUGUUAAAAUUAUUAAUUGAUCAAGGAAAAAUUUUUUCAUAAUAAAUAGCUUGAAGUGAAUGCGAUAUCACCUAUCACAGAUUAGAGUACGAAAUUGCGGUUAUUAAUGCCCUACAUUUAUGUGUGUUAUGAGGACGUUUUUUUUUAUUACCAAUUGUUUAUCUUUCUUCUGUUGUAGAUGUGUUUCCGCAUUUGAAUGCACACAUGAAUGAAACGUACUUGAUCUUUUAGUUUGAAUCCCACAAAAACGUUCUAUUAAAAAAAUUUUUCAAUAUCAAUUCUUUUGCUUUGCAAAGUGAACAUUCUUUAUUCCAAAUUAAUCAUACGCCACUAUGUACUUGUAAGGAAUAUAAUGCACACAUAAGUCAAAUGUACAUAUUGUUACAGCAGAUGGACAAAGGCACAAUUUUGUGAUUUGACUUUUUCAUUAACAAUUCGUUUAAGCUAAUGGGGCAACCCUUGAAAUAACUUGUAUUAAGACAUUGUUUUUGCAUUUGUGUGCACACAUAAAUGAAAUAUACGUACUGUAGUAGUCGCCAUAUUCUUUAAAAGGUCAGUGCAAUAAAUUUUAAAAUAUCAAUUGAUUUUCUUUAUAAAAUAAAAUUUCUUUAUUCAAAAUUAAUUAUACGCCACAGUGAACUUAUGAGUAAUGUGCUGCACACUUAGAUCUAAUAAACAGUUUGUUAUAGCUUUGGACUAUGUGAACGUUUGAGUGGUGUCGCUUUUUCAAUAUCAAUUCGUUUACUUUUUUAAACCUACAUUUUAAAAUGCAAAUUAAUCAUACGCCUAUGUAGACCUACAGGAAAUAUAAUGCACACAAAGAUCAAAUGAUCAUUUUGUCACAGAGGGGAGAUGAACCAAUGAUUUUGUGGUAUCGAUUAGGCAAAAUCAAUUAGUUUGUGCAAAUGGAAUGCCAUAGGCGAUUUAUGGUGCAAUAUUGAAUUAAGAUUGCAAUGCACACACAAAUGAAAUCUACUUGGUCUUUUAGCUUGAAUGUUCGCUAAAUUACCAGUGGUAUACUUUUUUUAAUAUCAGUUCGUUUGAUUUUCUAACGGUACAAACUUUAUUCCAAAUUAACCACACGUCUCUGCAGACUAACCAAAAAUAUGCUGCACACCUGUAUUCAACGGUCAUUUUGAGAAAGAGGGAGACUAUAUGAAAUAUUUUGUGCCUUUGUAAGUGCAAAAUCAAUUCGUUUAUACAAUUGGGAUAACAAUUGUACAAUUGGGGUACUUGAGCCUUAUGCACACAUGAACGAAAUCUAAAUGGUCUUAUAGUUCGAAUGUUCACCUAACUAACAGCGUUGUAAGUUUUUUAAUAUCAAUUCGUUUGCUUACUGUCUUUGUUUUAAAUUAAUCAUACGCUUAUGUUCACUUCCGGGAAAUAUGCUGCACGCAAAAUGAAUAUUGGAGAAAAACAGAGAAAGAUUAAAUCAACUAUUUUGCUGUAUAGUUUUCUCAAAAUCAGUUCCUUUAAGAAAAUGGGAAAGUUUUUCCAUGAUUUUUAGUAGUUACGACAUUGAUUUUUCAUUUGGCUGCACACAGGAAUGGAAAAUCCAUGUCAGUGUAGUUGCAAUGGUAGGCAAAGAAGCAGUGAAAUAAUUUUUUUAAUAUCAAUUCAUUUGCUUCACCAAAUUAACUUUUAUUAUUUUAAAUUAAUCAUACGCCACCGUGGACUUUUUGAAAAUAUGCUGCACACAUAAAUCAAAUAAAUAUUUCGACAAAGAGGCAGACUAAACGAAAUGUUAUCUGCCAUUACUUUGUCAAAAUCAAUUCGUUUAAAAGAAUGCCAUACAAACUUUCUACAUAACUUUUGAUUUUUUUGACUUUGUUGGUUUUUUUUUCAUUCUAAAGCACAAAGUAUAUAAAGUUGGUUAUUGAAAGAGAAUUUUAACAUGUUAUGCACAUGAAGAGUAUAAGAAAAAUGUUUACUUUUAAGCUGUAUAUAGUAGUUUGUAGUCAUUCGUAAAAAAAAACUUGUCAAAUUCGAGCAAAUUGUUACGGCCCCCAGGCUUUUAACUGCCAAAAUCUAAAAUAACCAUCAUAAAAUAUUAUAUUUAUGUAGUGUAUUGAAAAUGCUUAGAGGCAUAGGGUUAUAUUCAUAAAAUAAGCAGGCCCAUAGAAAUUUUUAAUAGAAAAAAAAUGUAUAUUAGUCGCUUAUAGUGAAUGUUACCCUUAUUGUUUAGUUAUUAAAACCAAAUAAUGUAUUUUUGUGUAAAGCUUAUUACUACCAAAUUCAAUGCUUAACCAAGUGGCCUUAUAAUUGCAAUUAUUAAUAUUACAAAACAGAAAACAAAAACUUUCUUAAAAACCAUGAAUGUAAAUAUUUUUUUUAACUCCUUUUUCAUUUUUUUGUAAAAAAAUAUUGCCAAGAAAUUUUGUUUUAUGAAACUUUCUGUUAAUAUUCACUUUCCCCUUAGAUUAGCUUAAUGCAUUAGUUUUUAGUGGAAAUCCAAAACCAAAGAAACAACUUUAACACAAAUUAGUGUAUAGAGUAGUAAUUCUCCCUUCACUCAUUGCACAAAUUGUCUUUCAAUAUAUCCCCAAAAGUUUUGUUCUGGCUUUAGAACAGAUUAAUUAAUUAAAAAAAAAAAUAAGUUUGCUAUAUUAUGUUAUGCUUUAAAGAUAUUUAAUACAUCUAUAGAGACAUAAAUCCAUUUAUAUUUCUUUGAAAAAAUAAAAAAAAUAUUUUUCCAUUUUCCUUUGGCUAUAUAAACGAAAUGUAAACUUUUACCCCAAAGUUCUAAACACACAUAAACACUAACGCACUCAAACUAUUGGUAGAGGGUAAACAAAUUAACCUCUUACUCACCUUUUAUAAAAAGCCUAAAAAUCUUAAUUUUCAACAUUGUAAUAUCAUGAAAAUUUUUAACAUAGUUUUUACAUUGCCCAAAUAUUGUAAUAAAACAAAUUAUUAAAUAUUUUCUGUUUUUCAAUGUCUAUGUAUGUGUGUUAUUUGGUUAGAAAUCAUUUUUAAAAAAUAAAAAAAUUUAAGAAAAUCGUAUGUAUGUGAAAA